UUAGCCGGGACUGCUCUGGGUGUUGCGUGUUAAUUUGAUUUACUCCGGGAUUCCGGCUUCCAAGACGCCAUUUUCCCCCCUUCUUGCUCUAUCUCGCUCUAUUUAUCUAUAUCUAUCUAUCAUUUAUCCGCCGAGCUAUCUAUCCCUCCGUCUGUCCGUCCAUCUCCCUCUCUCCGGGUGCCUUCCCUCCUCCUCCUCCCCCCCCCCCCCCCCGCCCUCCUCCCUCUCUGCUCUGCGUGUGCUGCGCGGCCGUGCGCUCCCCUAAUCUGACAGAUGAACACCGCCAUGGGUUUGCCGCAACACAAGCAAAAGCACCUUUGGGGGCUGUGGCGAGGGAUUGAAACCGGGAUCUAAAAGAGAAGAGACACGAAGGGGGGAAAUCCGAGGGAGGAGGAGGAGGAGGAAGAAAGAAGAAGAAGAAGAGGAGGAAGCUGCUAAGAAACCCCCGCUGCCGUUUUGGGGAUAUGGUGGCAGAUUUGGUCUCUUCUAAGCUUCUUGCAGCCUCUGGGCAAUCGGGACGUUGAAUUCGUCGGACAGUUACCAUUCGCUCCCUGGGAUCGUACCUGCCCUUAAUCUCCUCAUCCACUCCCACACUCCCCUUCCCUCUGAUAAAACUCCAGGGCAUUGCGGUACUGCUAUGGAGCCCAGGGAGACUUUGGGCAGCUCCCGGCAAAGGGGGGGCGAGGCAGACUUUCUGCCAGCCACCAUCACCUCCUCGAAGCCUCCACCUGCCUCCAGCUGCACAGGGGAGACGAUGCUGCCUGCGGCGGGCUCGGGGAAAGGGAUCCCGGUGAGUGGUGAGAGGCUGGAGCCUGAAGAAGAGGAUGAGCUGGGUUCUGGGAGAGAUGUGGAUUCCACUUCCAAUGCAGACAGUGAGAAAUGGGUGGCGGGAGACGGCCUGGAGGAGCAGGAAUUUUCCAUCAAGGAGGCUAACUUCACAGAGGGGAGUUUAAAACUAAAGAUCCAGACGACCAAGAGAGCUAAGAAGCCCCCAAAGAACUUGGAGAACUAUAUUUGCCCUCCCGAGAUCAAAAUCACCAUCAAGCAGUCCGGCGAGCAGAAGCUUUCCAGAGCUGGGAAAAAUAGCAAAACAGCUAAAGAGGAGGACAGGUCACACUCCAAAAAGAAGGGAAAAGUCAUUGGAGAUGCAAAACUACUCAUGAGUUGUGGUUGCAGAAAAGGGAAAAAUACUCAAGUGAAAGACUCAGAUCAGAGUCAGAUGAAGAAUUUGGGAAGAGAGUGUGGGUUCCCUGUGCAGAGUCCAGUGACGAAAUCUGUGAACAAGGUUUAUGACAGGCCACAAAAACAUUCUGCUCUGCACUAUGAUCCGGGCCUCCAACAAGACUUCACCGGUGACACCUUAAAAUCAAAGCACCAGCAGAAAAGUAGCAACCAGCACCAUCUUGACUGGUCAGCGAGCUCCGAUACUGGAUCCACUUCUCAAAGUUGCUUCAUCAACACAGAACCCAGUCGAGAAGCAGUUAGUGCCACCAAGGUCCCCACUCCGGAGCCAGGAGUUUCCUUCAGCAAAUCCCAAGCAAAGAAGUCCUGCUCCAGCAGCACAUGGGGACAGCUGUCGGCCAGUAGUAAAGAGCUUGCCAUUUGCAGUGCAGUCCCAUCACCCAACAACAUCAGUGCAGCCACACAGCCAAGCAGCGCCUCUGAGUGCAAUGGACUUUUGCCUCUCGGUGAUCAAGAAGGAGGUGUGCAGCUGGAGGCCUCCGAUCAGCCUGCUGGGAGUACAAAGAAGAAGUCCAGCAAAAAGGACUUGAUAAGUCAAACCAUGCAGACUGCAGACAUUGAAUGGGUGAAGAGUGCUCAGAAAGCAUUUGAGAGCAAAUCCCAUGAUAGCAUGGAAGGGAAAAAGGAGUCUUACUCAAUAGACAGUGUGUUGGAUACGUCACCCUCAAAGCAGAACCCCACUUCUGCUAGCAGUUGUGAAAGUGACACCAGUCACGUGAGAAUUACUAUCCCAAUAAAGUCUCCGACAACCGAUACAUCUGGUCACAAAAGGAAAAAGAGGCAAUCCACAAAAUCUUCCAUGGAGAAAACUAUCCAGGAGAAAAAUCUGCCUUCUGUACUUGCUAUGAGCAGUGAAGCAGCAAACAGGACUAGCUCUCAACCUGAGGGUGGUAAAAAAGAUCUUCGAGCCACAAAGACAGGGAAAGUGAUUGAAAAUGAGUCCCCCUUAGUAACUAUCGACAGCAGUAUGCUCACUGACAAAGCUUCCCCCAACAGUGCUACCAGACUCAGAAAAUCCGUAGCUGUGACAUCCACUCUCCUGCCUACCGAUCUUCCCACAGCUGGCAAAUUAUCUGAGGUCCAGCACCCCAAACUUGCAGCUAAGCGACGAUGGACCUGCAGCAAACCUAAAUCUAUCCUUCGGGAAACCUCCAUGACAACAUCUGAGAAGCUGAUGGUGGAGCCUCCUUCAGCCUAUCCCAUCACACCAUCCAGCCCUCUGUAUACCAAUACAGACAGUCUUACUGUGAUCACACCUAUCAAGAAAAAAAGAGGACGACCAAAGAAGCAGCCUUUGCUCACUGUUGAAACGAUUCAUGAGGGAACCUCCACCAGCCCAGUGAGUCCAAUCAAUCGUGAAUUUCCAGGAACAAAGAAACGGAAGAGGAGACGGAAUCUGGCCAAAUUGGCCCAGAUGGUCCCAGGAGAGGACAAGUCCAUCAGUGAACUCAAGUUUCACAAAAAGGUUGGGAAGCUUGGCGUCUUGGAUAAGAAGACCAUCAAGACCAUUAAUAAAAUGAAGACCCUCAAGAGGAAGAAUAUUCUCAAUCAGAUCUUGUCCUCCUGCUCCAGCAGCAUAGCUCUGAAAGCAAAAGUCCAGCCACCAUCUAGUGCUGGGCCAACCACCAUUGAUGCCAGAUUAGGGAAGCAGAUCAAUGUCAGCAAAAGGGGAACGAUCUACAUUGGUAAGAAACGGGGCAGAAAGCCAAGAGCAGAACUGCAGCCUCAGCCAGAAGAACCUAAGACAGCCAUCAAGCACUCAAGGCCUGUUUCCAGCCAGCCAGAAAACCCAGCAGUGCCUUCCAACCUGCAGUCACUUGUGGCAUCGUCACCAGCAGCUAUUCAUUCGCUUUCGACACAGUUAGUGGGGACUAAUGGCAACCUUAGCCCUGCAAGCACUGAAACAAAUUUUUCAGAGUUAAAAACUAUGCCAAAUCUUCAACCUAUCAGUGCUCUUCCUACAAAAACCCAGAAAGGAAUGCACAGUGGAACUUGGAAGCUGUCUCCACCCAGGUUAAUGGCUAAUUCACCUUCCCACCUCUGUGAAAUAGGUUCUCUGAAAGAAGUCACGCUGUCGCCCGUGAGCGAGUCUCACAGUGAGGAAACCAUACCAAGUGACAGCGGAAUAGGUACAGACAACAACAGCACUUCUGACCAAGCCGAGAAAAGCUCAGAAUCCCGCCGGAGAUACUCUUUUGAUUUCUGCACCCUGGACAAUCCAGAGGCUAUCCCAUCUGACACCAGCACAAAGAAUAGGCAUGGUCACCGGCAGAAGCAUCUCAUUGUGGAUAAUUUUCUCUCUCAUGAGAGUAUUAAAAAGCCAAAGCACAAGAGGAAAAGGAAAAGCCUGCAGAACAGAGAUGACCUCCAGUUUCUGGCAGACCUUGAGGAACUCAUCAAUAAGUUUCAAGUGUUCAGGAUUUCCCAUAGAAGUUACACAUUUUAUCAUGAAAAUCCAUAUCCCAGCAUCUUCAGGAUUAAUUUUGAUCACUACUACCCUGUGCCAUAUAUCCAGUAUGACCCAUUGCUCUAUCUUCGCAGGACCUCUGACAUGAAGUCUAAGAAGAAGCGUGGUAGACCUGCCAAAACCAAUGACACCAUGACAAAGGUGCCUUUUUUACAAGGGUUCGGUUACCCUAUUCCCAGUGGGAGUUACUAUGCACCCUAUGGAAUGCCUUACACAUCAAUGCCUAUGAUGAAUCUUGGUUACUAUGGUCAGUACCCAGCUCCUUUGUACCUGUCUCACACGCUCGGAGCGGCUUCCCCAUUUAUGAGACCUACCGUGCCCCCACCCCAAUUCCAUGCAAGCUCCCAUAUGAAGAUGUCCACCACUGCCAAGCAUAAAGCAAAACACGGAGUGCACCUACAAACACCUGUGGGAAUGGGCCUUGGAGACAUUCAGUCCUCUUUGGCUCCUCCAAAGGUUGGAGGAACAACCCUUUCAAGUGGCCGACUUCACAAAAGGAAACACAAACAUAAGCACAAGCAUAAGGAUGAGCGGAUACUGGGGACACAUGAAGAUCUGAGUGGUCUCUUUGCUAGCAAGUCCACUGGCUUCUCCAGCCAUGUGAUCAAUGAAAGGCUAAGUGGCUCAGAUAAAGAUCUCUCCUUGCUCAAUGAGAAAAGCAAGCAUAAGGAGAAGCAGAAGCACCAGCAUUGUGAAAGCGGGCACAAAGGCUCAAAGAGUAACUUUGAAGUGGAUACGCUGUCUACGUUAUCGCUUUCUGAUGCCCAGCAGUGGACGCAGAGUAAAGAUAAAAGUGACUCAAGCAAUGAUCCCAUUGACUCUUGCACAAAGAGAUACUCUGGUAAUACUGAGAGUAAUGGGAGGUCAGAGUCCCUGGACGUGUUUGGUGAAAUGAAUUCCUCAAGUGAGAAGCGGGACAACGAUGCAAGCGGGAAUAAAAGAAGAAGCUUUGAAGGGUUUGGAACUUACAGGGAAAAGGACAUUCAGCCCUUCAGGACAAAUAGGAAGGAAAGAAGUAGUUAUGACUCUUCAGUCUCUUCAGGAAUUGCAGGUCCCCACUUAAAAGCAGACCAGACUUCACUUCAUAGUAAAAUGGAAAGUUCUGCCUGUAACAUGAUGACCAGAAGGAAACCAGCAGCUGUUGACAGUGUUGCAAUGCCAACUCCAGUAUUAUCUCUCCUACCUUCAUCAGCAGCAACAUCUGAAGCAGCCAACCCACCACUGAAAAAAAGGUUCAAGCGCCGUGAAAUUGAAGCAAUCCAGUGCGAGGUGCGCAAGAUGUGCAACUACACCAAGAUCCUGUCCACGAAGAAGAACCUGGAUCAUGUGAACAAGAUCCUGAAAGCCAAGAGGCUGCAGAGACAAUCAAAGACAGGCAAUAACUUUGUCAAGAAGCGGAGGGGGCGUCCCCGUAAGCAACCUCUCUCCUUUGACGAAGACUCCAGAGACCAAAUGCCCGUUCUGGAAAAAUGCAUUGACCUUCCCAGCAAAAGAGGUCAGAGACCGACACUCAACCCUUUGAUAUUGGAACAAGCAGCCACUCAAGAUACAAUCAUGGCCACCAUUGAGGCUGUCAUACACAUGGCUCGAGAGACACCACCUCCACCACCUCCUCUUCCUCCUCCCCCUCCUCCACCCCCUCUCCCUCUGCCCCGGACGCCCCGGCUUGGGAAAAGGAAAAGCAAGUCCCUGCAGGAGGAAGAGGAGGACAUGAAAGUGAAGCGUCACCGGAAAGGCAGAGGGAGCGAAAGCGAAGGCCUUCCUUAAGGCCAGCGCACCCCGUUGGUUGUUGGGUGCCAGUGGUGGGACAUGCCGGAACUUAGGGGACUGGACACAUGCAGUCCGCUUCGCCCCUGCGGCAGCACCAGACUCACUCAUCCCUUUGGCGGCCAGAACUCAUUUUGGAGAGCUGUGCCAGCCGGGACUCUCAUCUUCCUCUUCAUCACUUUGGCCUCAGCCCCCCCCAAGGAUAGAGGAAGAAAAGGUGUGGAAAAGAAGGGGAUAUAAGGGGGGCAGGGGAUAUAUCAAAACUCGGAGAACUUCUACUUUGUAGAGUUUCCAAAAACUAUUCAGCAUCUCAGUAUUGCUGUUCUCAUACCAUACCUGGAGGAGGGAAGUCGUCCUCGCAGAGAGCUGAACAUUGUCACUAGGGCUGCAUGCUCGACUCCGAUUCUGUUUGGCGGGCCAGGUGAAACUAAGAGUAACCAUACCAUAGCAGAAAUCACUGUAAAAAAGAAAAAAAAAAAAGGAAACAAAAGAAAAAAAAAACAACAAAAAAAUAGUGUAAUUUUCUCAACUGUGAUCUUGGUUAUAAUUUGUUUGAUUUUUUUUUUUUUUUUCCAGUUUUAUAUACCUACCAGGCUUUGGGGCAGCAUAACCCAAAAUGCCUGACUCCUGCUAGAACUAUGUAUUUCUUUCUCAUUUACUUGCCUAGUUACAACUAGCUGCAAUAUAGGCAAUAGAAAAGUAGAGCCUUACACGUGUGCACACUCAUUCAGAGUGCUAUCCCAAGGAACGAUGGAAUAUCACAGCAUUUAAAAUAAGGUGUACAUGGAUAUUCGGUUACAAUAGCAUGUUUCAAUGAAGCAACUUGGCAUUUUCAAUGGCAUGGGAAAAAGGAGUCAUCCAUCAACCAAGUUGUUUUGAUGCUCGGUACAUAUGAGUAGAGAACAGCAAGACACUUCUGGGGAAUAUAGUUAUAGUAAACAUGGACAAAAUCACCAAAAAAAGAAUAUAAAAAAGAUAAAAGAAAAAAAAAAUAAGAGAGAAAAAAAUAGAUUAAAAAGACAGGGCCCAAACCUACAAGUUCUUACCACCUUCAAUUCCCAGUGAAAUUGAUGGGAAACCCAGUAUCCGAAUUAUUUGCAUUGGGUAGCAAUGCCUUGAUAUGUUAUUUUAAAGAAAAUAGAUAAAGUAGAUUGUUUUAAAAAAAAUAGAGAACAAAACCCUAUGGAAAAUAGGUCCUUUCUUGGCAAUUAUUUCUUAAAAAAGAAAAGGAAUAAGUGUUCUUAUCUGAAAAUAAAAAUAAAAAUGUUCAAAGGGUAUCACCACUGCAAUUGUAUUAAUGCCACUUUGGACAUGUUCUCCAAGUUGUGGUUGCCUUAAUAAACUAAAAAAAAAAAAAAUUUUUGUACAUAAUGUAAUUAUAAAGCUCUCAGUCUGCAUGGAUGCAAACUGUGUGUGACAAAUCGUCUCUUUAAAUGGUCAGUUCAAAUUGUACAUUUCUCAUUCGAGUUGUACGUUAGCCAUUGAUUUAACUUGGGUAAAAUACUCAAGUUCCAUUUCCACAGCCCAGUUAAAAUGUUUAACUAAAACAAAGACUGAACAUGAAGCUGUUCCAUUGCAGUAACAAUGCUUUUUAAAAAAAAGAAAGUCAGUUGUUGAAAUCUGAAAUAGGUACUUUCAAAUUUAUUUUAUUUCUUUUUAAAGUCCUUCAGUACACUCAACACCUGGCAUGGCAAGAUGGGUAUUAAAAUGGGAGGGGGGAGGGCAAAUUCCAGCAAGGGAGUGGGGAUUGGAAUUAUUUAAUGUUUCACAAGCCAAUUGCUAUUCCCUUUUUUGAGAAAUUUUUGAACUAGCUUAUUGCCAAGGAAACUGCAAAUAGCACGACACUAAAAUAAGCAAAACAACAAACCCAACAAAAAAGUCCCCACAAAAAAUUCUUGUGUUUCUAUUCUGCUAUUUAUUUACAAAAAUCAUAUGAAGACUAUGGUGUUAAAGGGACACUGUAAACAUACAGCUCAUUAUUUUUAGAGACUGAUUUUUCUUUUGUGAUAGCACCUUAGCUUAUUAAAACUGCAUUGGGGUUUGCAUUGGGGAUGGGGGGAUGGGAGGAAGUGGGGAUUUAUUGAUUUUUUUAAAGGCUGGAACAAAUCUUGAGAUCCUAUCUCCUUAAAACUGAUAAGAGGGAUCACAGAAUUUUGUUUCCAAUUUAUUUUGCAUCAUUCAUCAUACUCAUUUGCGCUUUUUGUUUUCCAAUUAAUGCAGCUUAGAAAUAAACUGGCUGGUUGAUCGUUCUUUUACAACCAAUUUUGCUUUUCAGUUGUCUUGAAUUAUCACGGUGUAAUUGAUGGAAGUUGUAGGCCUGCAGAAAAAAAUGGUUAAGCCUCCUUGAGCUCCUUCCUGCUUCCUUAAAAAGCAUUGGACUGAGGUUUAGUUGAUUCGGAAAUCGUUUUUUUCCAUCUCUCCUUUGGGCCUGAAAGUAGGUGACAGUGUUGCUCAAAAUGCAAGAAAAAC